AUGCAGAGGCAGCUCAGCAAUGUCAGUUUCCACUCCUACCAGGACUACCAGCCAACGAGACGAUUCGGGCCGCAGUAUGAGCCGGGCGGAUACGCGGCGGCAGUGCAGCAACGUUCCAACAUGACUCAGCGCGAUGACACGCUCAAGUUCGAGCAGGGCCGCAUCAAGGCGCUGCAGGAGGAGAGACUACACAUACAGAAGAAGACCUUCACGAAAUGGGUCAACUCGUUCCUGCAGAAGGCCCGAAUGGAAGUGGAGGACCUGUUUGUGGACCUGGCUGACGGGCGGCGGCUGCUGAAGCUGCUGGAGAUCAUCAGUGGCGAGCGUCUGCCGCGCCCCAACUCUGGUCGCAUGAGGGUCCACAAGAUCGAGAACGUCAACAAGAGUCUCGGGUUCCUGCACACGAAGGUGCGCCUAGAGUCUAUCGGUGCUGAGGACAUCGUGGACGGCAACCCGCGCCUAAUACUCGGUCUCAUCUGGACCAUUAUCCUGCGAUUCCAGAUUCAGGAGAUCGAGAUCGAUGUGGACGAAGAAAACGAAUCAUCAGAGAAGAAGUCCGCCAAGGACGCUUUGCUGCUGUGGUGCCAGAGGAAAACGAGUGGAUACCACGGUGUGCACAUCCACAAUUUCACCGACUCCUGGCGAUCGGGGCUCGGAUUCAAUGCUCUUAUACACGCGCAUAGACCAGACUUGUUCCGAUGGGCAGACGUCCCCCAAGCGGACCACGUUGAGACCCUCAACCAUGCCUUCGACGUCGCCCACAAUCACCUUGGCAUCCCACGGCUGCUGGACGCUGAGGAUGUUGACACAACCCGCCCGGACGAGAAGUCGGUGAUGACGUACGUCGCCAGCUACUACCACACUUUCGCCCGCAUGAAGAACGAGCAGAAGAGCGGCAGACGGAUCGCCAAUAUCAUCGGUCAGCUGAUGGACUGCGACGGUCGCAAAGCGGAAUACGGUCGGCUGAUGAGCGCCUUGCUGGAGUGGAUCCGGCUGAAAAUUGUAGAGCUGAACGGUCGCGACCUGCCCAACUCGCUGGACGGCAUCCAGCGGUUACUGCUUGCUUUCAAGCAGUACAGGACUGUUGAGAAGCCGCCCAAAUAUAUAGAGCGUUCGGAAGUGGAGGCGCUGUACUUUGACAUCAAUACCAUGCAAAAGAGCCUCGUGGGCGAGGCCUGGGCUCCGCUGGAGGGACACUUGCCUCAAGACCUGGAGCGUGCCUGGCAGAAGUUGGAGCAGGCGGAGCACGCUAGGGAGCUGGCCUUGAGAACCGAACUGCUGCGUCAGCAACGAUUAGAGCAGCUCAACUACAAAUUCAAUACUAAGUCUGUGCUGAGGAAGGGGUAUCUGAAGGAGAUGAUCCAGGUGCUGUCGGACCCGCGCUACGGCUCUAACCUGACGCAGGUGGACGCCACGGUCAAGAAGCACGAGGCCAUCUCCGCUGACAUACUCGCCAGGACCGAGCGCUUCGAAGACCUGUCAGCGAUGGCAGCGGAGUUGGUCCGCGAGAACUACCACGGCGCUGAAGCGGUUUCCCGAACGGAACAGGCCGUGCUGCAGCGCUGGCGCGAGCUGCUGGAACUGCUGGAGAGACAUCGCGAGUCGCUUGCCCGACUCGCGCAUCUGAUGGCGCUGCUGAGGGAAGCUGAUGCUGUCGCUCAUACGCUGAUGGAGAUGAAGGCACAGUUCUCGUCGGAGGAGGUGGGGCGGCACCUGGUGGACGUGGAGCGGCUGCUGCAGGCGCACGCGCUGCAGGAGCUGCAGCUGGGCGCGCUGCGCGACACCAUCGCGCGCCUGCUGCGCCAGGGCGCCGCCGCCGACGGCCCGCCGCAGCCGCGCCAACAGCUCGCCGCGCAGCUGCAGCGCCUGCAAGACGCCUGCGACGCCUUAACGGCCGCAGCGAAGGACCGAAAGGCAAGACUGGAGGACGCGAGAAACCUAUAUCAAUUUUUGGAAGAUCAUGAUGAGGAAGAAGGCUGGGUGACAGAGAAACAGCGCAUUUGUCGCGCCGACGUGGCUGCCAAGGAUCUCCGUGGUGUGUUGGCUCUGCGUCAGAAGCACACGGCGUUGCUCCAUGAACUGCGCGCCAGGGACCUGGUGGCGCAGAGGCACCGCGAAAGAGGACAGAGCCUCAUCGAUGCUAAGCACCCUAAGAGUGCAGAGAUAGAGCGGAGGCUGGCGACGCUUAGCAAGCAGUGGGAGAUCCUUCGGGAGCUGGCCGAGGCUCGGGAAAAGCAGCUGGCUGACGCCGCGGAAGCCCAUCAGUUCUACGGCGACGCAAAUGAGGCGGAGUCGUGGAUCAAGGAGAAGCGGGCGCUGGUGGCUACCGAGGACUGCGGGCGCGACGCUGCCGGCGCCGGGGCGCUGCUGGCGCGCCAGCGCUUGCUGCACGGCGAGCUGCAGGCUUACGCUUCCGAGCUGCACGCGCUGCGCAGCGUCGCGCAGCGCCUGCAGCAGGCCGGCAUCCGCGAGCUGCAGUUGCCAACAGAAGUGGAAGCAGGACCAGCGCUGGAAGAGGAGGAAUGGGUGAACGAGUCCAGGCUGGUGCCCACUGAAGUGUGGGAGGAGGAACCGGUGGAGAGGUUGGAGCACCGAACCGUCACCGAAGAGAGAAGUGUGCCACAGGUGAAGGCGCUGUACGCAUUCAGCGGGCAGGGCAUCUCGAUGGCGAAGGGCGAGGUGAUGUUCCUUAUCAACAAGACCAACCCUGACUGGUGGUCAGUGCGCAAGGCGGACCGCACCGACGGCUUCGUGCCCGCCAACUACGUGCGCGAGAUCGAGCCCCGGGUCGUGCCAGUGCAAGUACGGCGUCCGGAGAAAGUGAAGACCGUGCAGCGGGUGAAGAAAACCGUGCUGGUGAAGCAAGUGGUGCCGGUGCGCCGGGCGGCCGCGCGGCCCGCCCGCAGGGCCUCCAGGGCUCAGCCCGUGGCCCUGGCCAAGGCGCCCGCUGUUGGUGACAGAAUGGACCACAUCGAUCAGCAAUAUGAUGAACUCCUAAAGUUGUCCGAGGCUCGCCGCGCCCAGCUCGAGGACGCGAUCAAACUCUACAGCUUCUUCGCCGAGUGCGAUGACUUCGACAAGUGGAUCAAGGACAAGGAAAAGAUGCUGCGCUCUGACGACCCUGAGGAUAGCGUGGACAAGGCCAAGAGGAAGUAUGAGAAACUGGUGACGGACCUGUCGGCCGCAUCGAAGCGCCUGGAGCGCAUCGACGCUGCUGCUGAAGAGUUGGCAGCCGCGAAGCAUGGACAAGCAGCGCGAGCUGCUGCGCGUCGCCAGCAGCUGCGCCAGCAGUGGGAGCGCCUGCUGCGACUCAAGCACCAGACUGAGACACACCUGGAGGGCGCCUCCAGCGUGGAGCUGUUCCAACGCACUUGCGACGAGGCGCUGGACUGGAUGGCAGAGAAGGAGCAGCAGCUGGCAGGCGUGGCCGCGCCCGCCACGGACCUGCGCACGGUGCGCGCGCUGCAGCGCCGCCACGCGCAGCUGGAGCGCGAGCUGGAGCCGCUGCGCGACAAGGUCAACACCGUCGCGUUGCUCGCCGACUCCGUGAAGUCCCAGUAUCCGAGCGAGCGUGGCAACGUGGAGUCCAGGCAGCAGCAGAUAGAGAAGGCGUGGCAGCGCUGCCAGGCGCAAGCAGCUGAACGUCGCAGUCGCCUGGAGAGCGCCGUCGGGCACCAGGUGUUCGGCAGCAGCAGCGCUCAGCUGCAGGACUGGCUGCAGAAAGUACGUGAGCAGCUCUCCCAGGAGGUGAGCGCGAAGGACGUGGCCACCGCCGAGGCACUCCACAAGCAGCACCAAGAACUGCGAGAUGACAUCAAGGCCCAUGACGACGAGUUCAAAGAGGUGAUAGGUCUGGGCAAGCAGCUGCUGGCCACCAACCCCUCGCUAACGGACGUAGCUGAGAAGAUCAAAAGCCUGGAGGCAGAGCAAAAGGCCGUCGACAAAGAAUGGAAGGAGAAGGACGCGUUCCUGAAGCAGUGCGUCCAGCUGCAGAGCUUCAACCGCGAGGCGGACCAGAUCGACGCCUCCAGCGGGGCGCAUGAGGCGUUCCUCGAGUACAAUCAGUGUGGCUCGUCAGUGGACGAAGUGGAGGCGCUGCUGAAGAGGCACGAAGAGUUGGAGGCGCGCCUGAGCGCCCAGGACGAGCGGCUAACGGUUUUCGUGCAACGAGCCACCGCCCUGGAGCAUCAGCAGCCGCCACACUACGCCGCACAGCACAUAUCGAGUCGGCGUGCUGCAGUGGUGCAGCGGCGCGAGCAGGUGCGGCGCGCUGCUGCGGAGCGGCGCCGCGCGCUGCUCGCCAGCCUCGCGCACCACCAGUUUUUAGCAGCCUCAGAAGAACUACAAACAUGGAUACAAGACAAAACGAAAACGGCAAAAGAUCAAAGCUACAGGGAUCUAGCAAAUUUGGAGAGGAAGUUGCAAAAGCACGAGGCUUUUGAAAGAGAGCUGCAGGCCAAUGAAAAGCAACUGAGGAAUGUUGAAAGCAUUGGACAAUCGCUGCAAAAAUCAGACCCAGCUCGCGCUAAAGAAGUCUCAGAGAACCUGAAACAGUUACAAACUGCGUGGGAGGAGCUCGUGGCCGCAUCCAGAGAUAAGGGCAGCAAGUUGAGGCAGGCUGCUCAGCAGAGACAACAUAGAAGAGCUGUGGAAGAUGCCAAAGCCCGUCUGGUGGACCUUGAGCGAGCGCUGAAGAGCGAAGAGGUCGGCAACGACCUUAGGAGCUGCAAGAGACUUCUGAAUCAACACCAAGCAGUUGAGCAAGAGUUGUCCGCAUGGGAGCAGCGCGCGUCGGCCUUGGCAGCGCAGGGUGCGGACCUGGUGUCGGGUGGGCACUUCGAUGCUGCUGCCAUCGAGAGGGACAGCGCUGCUCUGCUGGAUGCUCUCGCCGCCUUGAAACCACGCGCGGCUGAACGACGUGCCAAGUUGGACACCAGCAUGCGAUUGCACAAGUUCGCCGCGGAAGUGUCCGGCGAGCUGGACUGGCUGCAGGAGCGCCAGGCGGCUGCCAGCUCGGGCAGCUUGCCGGGAGACCUGCACGCGGCACAGUCUGCACAGAAGAAGCACGCCAAGCUGAGGGCAGAGCUGCUGGGCAGGAGGCCACUGAUCGAACGCGUGCUGGCGCAGGGACGGACCCUCAUUGACGAGGACCAUCCCCAGAAGAAGAAGAUCAAACAACUCUGCAGCGAGUUGGAAGAAGCAUACGAGAAAGUGUCGCGCGCAGCAGAAGAGCGCGCUUCUCGUCUGGAAGCAGCGCUCAAGGCGCAGCAGUUCAUGCACGAAGCUCUGGAAGUGGACUCCUGGCUCGCUGAUAAAGCAGCUGCCUUGGCCUCGGCCGACGUCGGCAACGACCGUCACCGAGCUACGCAGCUGCUCACUAGGCACAAGGCGGUGGAACUGGAGCUGGACACAUACGCGGCGAUCGUGGCGGAGAUGGGGCACGCGGCAGCCGGCAUGGCCGCGGCCGGACACCCCGAAGGCGACGCGCUGUUGGCGCGCCAUCAGCUGCUGGCUGACAGCCUGGCGCGGCUGCAGCGUCUGGCCCAGCAGCGCCAGAGCGCCCUCGUCGAGAGCGUUUGCAGACACGAGUACCUGGCCGAGAGUGCGGAGCUGGAGAGCUGGAUCCAGGAGCAAUACGCAGCCGCCUCCAGCGAGGACUACGGACAGGAUUACGAGCACUUGCUGAUUCUGCGCUCCAAGUUCGACGAGCUCCGGCACCGCGUGGAGAGCGGCGCGGAAAGGUUCAACCAGUGCGAGGAGCUGGCGAAGAAGCUGCUGGCCUCCGACAGCCCCUACAUCGCCGAUAUUGAGCGCCGCCAGGAGGCUUUAGGGGAUUCAUGGCAGCGGCUGGUGGAGCAGAUCGGAUCCCGUGGGCAGCGGCUGCACGCGGCCGGUGAAAUCCAUCGCUUCCACCGUGAUGCUGGAGAGCUGGUGGCUCGAGCUGCGGACAAAGCGGCCAAGCUGGCAACACCGCAACCUCCCAGAGACCUGAGAGCUGCUGAAGCGCUACUGCGGGACCACGAAACCGUCGAGAGCGAUCUGCUCGCCAUCGACGCACAGAUGCAGGUGCUGCAGGAGGAGGGCGCGCGGCUGCAGAAACUGUGCCCUGGCGGCAACGAACAGCAGAUCGCGCUGCGCCAGCGUGCGCUGGCCGCCGCCUGGAGCCAGCUGCGCGCUGCUGCCGACCAGCGCCGCGCCGCGCUGCACCACCAUCUGCACCUGCACCGUUUCCUCGCCGAGGUGCGCGACAUAAUGAGCUGGUCUGCGGGUCUGCGGGGCGGCAUGGCGAGUGCUGCGGUGGCUCGCACGGCGGCCGCGGCGCAGGCGCAGCGCGCGCACCACGACGCGCUGCGCGCCGAGAUCGACGCGCGGGACGACGCCUUCCGCGCCGCCGUGCAGCGCGCGCAGCAGCUGCUCGACGACGGACACCCCGCCGCCCAGGAGAUCUCGGAGAAGUGUGAAGCGCUGCUGGAGGAGCGCGCAGCGCUGCACGGAGCCUGGGCCGCACGCCAGGUGGCGCUGGACCAGCUGCACGAUCUGCACUGCUUCCUGCGCGACAGCAAGCAGCUGCACGAGCUGUGCGCUGCACAGGAGGCCGCGCUCAGCACGGAGAUCUCACCCACGUGCAGUGUAGAGGAAGUGGACAACCAGUUGAAGAAGCACGAAGCCUUUGAAAAGUUGCUCGCAACACAGGAAGAAAAAUUGACGACUUUGAACAACCACGGUGAUAAGCUACUGCAACAGAACCAUGUGGAGAGCCAGCGCAUCGCUGAUGAGCUGCAGGAGAUCAAUGCUAGGAGGAAGAAGCUGCACGCAGCGUGUGCAGAGCGGCGUGCGCGCUUGGAGCGAGCGCGUGCGCGUGCUCAGUGGGCGCGCCACGCGGCCGACGCGCGCGCCUGGGUGGCCGACAAACUGGCACAGCUGCCCACACAACAAGGCGAAGUCACAGACUUGGAGGACAAGAUAAAGAAAUUGAAGAAGCACCAAGCGUUCACUGCAGAAUUAGCGGCCAAUAAGGCUCGUCUGCAAGAGGUCCAGGAACUGGCUAAGCAGCUCAGCCCGGACGAGGAUGUUAAAAAGCAGUUGCAGCAGCUGCAGAACGAUUGGCAACUACUGGAGACUGCUACCGAACAGAGAGGUCGCGGACUAGAAGAGGCUCAGGAUAUCUUAGAGUUCAAUCAACAGGUGGACGAGAUCGAAGCCUGGAUCAGGGACAAGGAAAUGAUGGUGCAAGCGCACGAGCUGGGGCGCGACUACGAGCACUGCAGUGCGCUGUUGCGCAAGCUGGAUGACCUGGACAGCGACAUGAAGGUGGACGACCGCCGCCUGCGCGCGCUCGACACGCUGGCCGAGCGCCUGCUGCGGCAGGGCCCCAAGGCGUCCGCGGGCGGCGGGGCGGGCGGUGGUGCGGGCGGCGUUGCGGCGCGGCGCGAUGCUGUGGUGGCGCGCUGGCGGGCGCUCAGUGGAGCGCUGCACGCCUACCGCGAGCGCCUCGACGCCGCGCUCCUGCUGCACUGCUUCAACAGGGACGUGGAGGAGACGAUGGAGCGCAUCGCGAAGAAGGCGGCGCUGUUCAGCAGCUCUGAGCGCGGGAGAGAGCUCAGCGCGGCCGAGGAGUUGCGGCGGAAGCAUCUCGCGCGCUGGGCGGAGGCUGGAGCCGUCGCGGACCGCCUGCGGGAACUGCGCCGCGCCGGAGACCAACUCGCCGCCAGCCACCCGGACAGCGCGAAGGAGAUCGAAGCGAGCCUGAAGAAGCUGGACGAGGCGUGGGACAACUUACAGCAGCUCGCUGCCAAGCGGACCGCGAUGCUAGAUGAAGCCAUCGCCGAACACAAAUUCGAGGAGAGUCUCAAGGAGUUGGAUCUUUGGGUGUCGGAAACAGUGAAGCGUUUGGAUAGUACCGAAGCACCGGCAACUGUCUCUGACGCCGAGGCACUGUUGGAACUGCACAACGAGAAAAAGGCGGAGAUAGACGGCCGACAGAAGACGAUAGCGUCUCUCCUGAAGGAGGCGGAGAGCUCCAAUCAGCCGGAGAAGAAGAAGCGCGUCGCCAACUUGGCCACCAGCCUUGACCAGGCCUGGCACCAGAGGAAGCAGUACCUCACCCAGGCUCACGAGCUGCAGCUGUUUAAAGAGCAAGCACAGCAGACUGAAGACUGGCUCGCGUCCAAGGAGGCCUUCCUCAACAAUGACGACCUUGGAGAGAACCUGGACGCGGUGGAGACGCUGAUCCGCAAGCACGCGGAGUUCGCGAAGCUGCUGGAGUCGCAGCUGGGGCGCGUGGACGAGGUGCAGCAGUUCGCGGCUGGCCUGCUGCAGCGCGGCCACGGCGACGCGCCCUACAUCGAGCGUCGGGCGCGCCUGCUGCAGGACCGCGCGCACCGGCUCAAGGAGCGGUGUGCUUCACGAGGUGACAAGCUGUCGCAGGCGCGCCAGCUGCAGCAGUUCCUGCUCAACCUGGCCCACGAACGCGAGUGGAUCGAGCUCAAGAUGCAGAUCGCGAACGACCAGAGCUACAGGGAACUGUCCAACCUGCAGAGCAAGAUCCAGAAGCACGCAGCGUUCGAGUCCGAGCUGGCGGCGAACAAGAAGCGCAUCGACGACGUCGCCAACACCGGCGAGGAGCUCAUCGAACAGAAACACUACGCCUCCGAAGAGAUCGCUAAGCACGUUGAGGACCUGGAAAAUAUGUGGAGAGAACUGCAGGCGGCGGCGAAGUUGCGCCGCGAGCGGUUGCAGGAGGCGUAUCAGGCGCGGGUGUACCUGCGCGGACUCGACGACUUCACCGCCUGGCUCGAUGACGUCGAGGCACAGCUGCUCAGCGAAGAUCACGGCAAGGACCUGACUUCAGUGAAUGCGUUGCUGAAGCGUCACUCGCGCCUGGAGCAACAGUGCGCGGCGCAGGCGGAGACGGCCGCCCAGCUGCAGGACACGGCGCAGCAGCUCGCGGACGAUCAGCACUUCAUGGCCGAGGACAUACUGCAGCGCGCGCACGCAGCUGUCGCCAGAUACCGGCAGCUGCAAGAGCCGAUGCAGAUCCGACGCGACAACUUGGAAGACGCCGCAUUGCUUCAUCGCUGGGACCGGGACGCCGAUGAAGAAUUUGAUUGGCUUCGAGAGCGCAGCGCGGAACUGGAACAGGAGAACCCGCCCCUGGGAGACACCCUACCUGAAGCUCAAGCGCUCCUGAAGAAGCACCUGGCGCUGGAGGCUGAACUGCUGGCCCGAGAGCCGUCGGUGAAGGCGCUGGUGUCGCGCGCGACGGCGCUGGCGCGGCGCGGGCACUUCGCGGGCGGCGCGCUGGAGCGGCGCGCGGGGGAGCUGGCGGCGCGCCUGCAGGCGCUGCUGGCCGCCGCCGGCGCGCGGGCCUGCGCGCUGCGAGCCCGGGCCGCGCUGCUGGCGCUGCUGGCGGAGGGCGGCGAGGCGGCGGGCUGGCUGGCGGCGCGCCGCGCGCCGCUCACCAGCGCGGACGUGGGCCGCGACGAGGAGGACGUGCUGGCGCUCACCAGGCGUCUUGACGCCAUGCUUAGGGAACUCGCCUCCUUCGACGCCACGCUCGCCAAACUGGAGAAGGCCGCCGCAGACACGGACCGAUCGCCUCAAGACGCAGAGCAGGUGAAGAAGAUGAUCGAGGACCUGAAGCACUCGUACGAGGAGCUGAAGCUGCUCGGCGCCAGGAGGCAGCAGCGCCUACAGCAGAGCCUUAAAUAUUUCAAGUUCGUGCAGGAGUGCUCUGAGGUGCAGGAGUGGAUCGGCGAGCAGAUGGCGACGGCCGCCAGUGAGGACUACGGGCUGGACGUGGAGCACGUGGACACGCUGCAGCAGGCCUUCGACAACUUCCUCACGCAGCUGCACGCAAACGAGGGCCGCAUCGAGGCAGUAUGCGAGGCGGGCAACGUACUGCUAGAGGAGAACACGCCAGAAGCAGACCGAGUGAGACAGCGCAUCGACGAUAUACGCGGCUUGUGGGACGAUCUAAAGGAGCUCGCGGCGGCGCGACAAGAGGCGCUGGCGGGCGCACGGCAGGUGCACGAGUUCUCGCGCGCGGCGGAGGAGACGGGCGCCUGGGUGCAGGAGAAGGAGGCGGCGCUGCAGCUGGCGGGCGGCCAGCAGCGCCAGCAGCACCGCCUGCGCGCGCUGCACGCCGACCUGCUGGCCGUGGCUGACGCGCACCGCCGCCUGCAGGCCGAGGCCGACCGCCUGGCCGCCGCCUUCCCCGACGCCCGGGACCACGUGGCCGCCAAGCUGGACGACGUCACGGACGCGCUGCACGCGCUGCAGCGCCGCGCCGCCAGCUGCGAGCAACAGCUGCAGCUCGCCGACCAGCUGCACGCCUACUUCGCUCAGCACCAGGACCUGCUGGCAUGGACCAACGAGACCCUUGCACGAGUGACAGCUCCCGAGCUGGCGAGUGACGUGUCCGGUGCAGAGAGGCUGCUGGCCCGCCACCGGGACAUCCGCGCGGAGAUCGACGCCAAGGAGGACGCCUUCCACACCUUCUACAGUGAAGGCGAGAAGCUCGUGAGCGAAGGCCACUUCAUGGCGAACGAGAUAGAGGAACGCAUGGCAACUUUGCGCUCGCGGAAACAAACCCUCGACGCGACCUGGCAAGGCCGGGCUACCGUCUACGAGCAACAUCUCGACGCACUGAUCUUCCUAAGGGAUGCUGACACGCUGGAACACUGGAUACUCACCAGGAUGCCGCUGGUCCGCGACGGAAAGUACGGGGAGAGCGUCGCCCAGACUGAGGAACUGAUCAACAGACAUAGAGACCUGGAGGAGACUAUCGAGUCUCAAAAGGAUAAAUUCAACGCGUUGAAGCGCAUCACCCUGAUUGAAAAAGCGUUCAAAGAGCAACAGGAUGAAGAGGAGGCCGCUAGGAAGAGGUACGCGGAGAAACAGGAGGCUGAGCGUCUGCAGCAGUACAAGAAGCGCGAGAUGGAGAGGAUCACUGAGGAACGGAGGAGAGAGACCGCUCCGCCCGUUCAGCUCGUCAGAGAAGUGGAGCUUCUGGGUGCGAGCGGGACGGCGAACACGAGUGCGAGCGGGACGGGUGCGCUCACGGCUGCGUCCUCCGAAGAGACGCUGGUGCCGGCUCCACAGUUCGAGCGGCUGCCACGGACAGAUGCACUCGUCAAGAGGGCCGAGAGCAUGAGUGUGGUGAAAACUCCGAAGCGAACGCCAUCGUUCACGACCCGACGUCGCACGCAGAGCUUCCGCAGACACAGGAAUGACAUGGACCCCUUGCCGCCCGUAGAGAUUGAAGGUUACCUGGAGAGGAAGCAGGAGGCUGGGUGCGGUGGCAAGCGGGCCACUGUGCGAUCUUGGCGCACGUACUAUUCGGUGCUGUGCGGCCAGCUGCUGUGCUUCUUCCGUGACCAGCAGGACUUCGGCAGCUCCAAGGCGGCAGCACCACCAGUCGCCAUCCUCAACGCGCGGUGCACGGUGGCGGACGACUACACGAAGCGCGCGCACGUGUUCCGGCUGGCGUGCGGCGACGGCGCCGAGUUCCUGUUCGCGUGCGGUUCGGCGCGCCUGCUGCACGACUGGGUGGCCAAGCUGGCCUUCCACGCGCAGCUGCCGCCCGAGCUGCAGCUCACGCCCUACGCCGACGCCGAGGCCGGGGCCGCCGCCUGCUCCACCGACGAGCUGCGCCGCAGACUGCACCAGAACGCGUCGUCGUCCUCUUCGGCCGCGUCGUCUCCCGAGCCGCAGCGCGCGUCCCGCUCGCAGGCGGAGAUCCUGCAGGAGCACCGGGACUCGCAGCGGGCUUCCGCCACGCCAGAGAGGAACAUAGAGUCGUCCGUGCUGCCGUCUCUGCCACCGCGCCAGCCCCCGCAGGAGGAACAAGCGGACGUAGUGCUGAGGAACGCGACGGAGCGCAGCGGCAGUCCGUGGGGACGCACGCGCUUCUCCAACGGACGCGAUCUCAACGCAGAGUUCAUUCGCUCGCAGAGAGAAGCUGAAGGGGUAGCCCCACCAUUACCCCAGUCGACCUCCCUGGAACGCCCCCCGGUUAUCCCGGACCGGGCGCCGGCUUUGCCCGAAAGGGGACCCAAUCUCCCCGAGAGGAGAAUGUCCAGCAUCAACGAGAGAGGCGAGAGGGCCGCCAACGUAACGGAGAGAUCGUCCAUGAUAGCGGAAAGAGGACACGAAAAGAACCCGCAGCAAUCCGUUACGGCGCUGGUGAACAGCUACCAGCAGCGGAUGACCAAGAGCUUCCCGGAGAAGGACGAGAACAAGAACGCCACCUGGCAGUACGAGAGGCAGAACAACAACUGGCAGGGCGCGGGCGUCGAGACAACGUCUCAUUUCUAUUCUGCGAGCGAACUCGCAUACGGCGAAGGUAGCGGUGGUAGUACGAGGCCCGCCUCCGUAGCAGGAAGUGGCGGCUCACCAGCGCUGGACCAGAGACCAGCAUCGAGAUCAUCCGGGGAGUCGGAGCUGUCCGUCGGCGGAGUAACGAAAGACAAAAAGGACAAGAAGGGCGUAUUUGGAGGCCUCUUCAGCAGGAAGAAGCGCCCGCAAAGCCAUAUGUAA